AUGCUUGGGUGGCCUAAGCCAAACUUCGGCUUCAUGUAUUGGCUCAAGGGGGACCUCGCGGCCGCUAAAACAACCUUGGUCGAGGUCUUGAGGACGGGCAAGAUUCUCUACGGCCUCUGCAACCUGUUGGAAUCACUAGGUCGCUUCGAUGAGAGCCUUGACUUCCACCUUCGCUGUCUGGAACAGUACAAGAAGGUUCUCGGCAUGAACCACCACAGAGUUGGAGAUUCCCGUCCGUACCUGGCCAGCGAACUUGCACGGACUACAUUCAAGAGGAGCAAGCUACAUCGAUUAAUGGGGGAGAACAAAGACGCAGACGAGGUUUUGGACAAAGCUUACAGUAUAAGGAAAAGGUUGAGCCCCGGGGAUACCAUUCCGAGCGAGAAAUUCACAGAGGACCCAGCCCUCGAUGGGAUAACUAAGCCAGUAGAUACUCAUGCACAAGGCAACAAGGCUCUGGCUCAGAGCGAGAGGAGCCUGCUAUUUCUUUCUACAAGGCUUACAAGUGAUCAAACUUCGUCAACGAUGAGCCUCGCACCGGCUGCUCCUCGUCUAAGGGGAAGCCAAGCGAAGGCAACGAAAAAGAAGCAAAACCCACAGCCCGAUAGGUUACGCCCGGAAGAGUAUGCAAACGCUGUCCUCGGAUAUUCCAAGCUCUCCACUGGCGCAGGUCAAAACCAUAUUUCGCUUGCCCAGUACCUCCACGAUCGUCCAGCCACGGUGCGGUUAGACUUGCGGCCCAACAGCGAAGAGUUUGUCACACUCUAUCUACUAGGCAUCGAGCAAAUUGCCCGGCAAUCUUCAUCACAAUCAUCUAGGCACCACUCACCAUCUGGCGGAGAUCCUCCUGAGAACUGCAUCAUAUUCUUACGUGGCUUCAUGACAGCGCAAUGGAUCAACAACAUCGGCGCCCGGUACCUUAUUGAUCCAGAGUUCUUCUGUCGUCACCUAGAUUUUAGUCCCGUUGACGAUAACGCAAGCGCCUUUUCUAUCCCAUCCCUACCAUCUUCAUGUGUACAUCUAAUCGAACUGCCCGUCUUCACGAUAGGCAAGCGCACGGGAUCUACGUCUCAAUUGCGAGUAGAUAGGAUCGAUCAGUUAAGGAGAGAGGGUGUAAUAUCCCUGUCCUCUCACUAUCACGAAAUCUCCAAGCUGUCAUCUUCGCAGAUGCAACUUGGAGACUCCAUGGUCCGGAAUUUUUACGUCUUCGAUGAGACAUACUUUGCAAUCGAGCAGCGCAUCUCGAUUUGCCUGCAACGAGCCAGGGGUCAAAAGUCCUUUACAUUGCUUGUCUGGCUCGACGCUGGGACGGAUUUUCCUAACUUGACUACCAUUCCUUGGUCCGUUCGAAUGCCAGAGUCUUAUUAUCUCCCUGUUAUCCGCCAUAAACCGAAUCUUGCUCUAAAAUGUCACCUCUUCGCUGGUCAGCCAUCUGAUAGAAUGGGCAUUUCCGGUGAUAAAAUCCAGUCACUAUCAAACCUUUCUCACGACUAUGGACGUUCGCUUCGCCCGAAAAUCAAGGCCAAGGAUGCAUUUUACAACCUCAACGAGAUCUUCAACUUUGCAGCGAGCUCACAAGUGCAGUUCCUCAACCUCAUUGACGCCAAACUCGACAGCUACAUAUCACGACCUGCUGAUCAAGAAUAUGAGAGCUUGCCGGAUCUCAAGUACACAAAGGAGAUGCUGUACCGUCAUCUUCAAAAGACAAAGCAGGUGCUUGAGAGCAUUAGGAAUACUCGGCUCUCAACAUGGCCGAAAGAUGGUUCUGACAGCAGUAAAGCUGACAUUGCCGCAAAGAGUGUGGAACAAGACUAUGAACACAUCCUGGAGCGCACGAUUAGCCUCCACAUACGCACCACCGAGGCCAUCACAGUGCUCAUGUCUAGCAUGUCCAUCUCAGAGUCUCAGAGAGCAAUCGGCCAAGCGCAACGCGUCGGGAAACUGACGUUCCUGGCCUUCAUUUUCGUCCCACUGUCUUUCACCACCAGCUUUUUCGGGAUGAACGUGACGCAGAUCGAGGAUACAAACUUGGGGAUUUGGUCGUGGUUUGUCAUGUCGGCACCCAUAGUAGGGCUCGUAUUUACCUUGUAUUUCGUUGAUGUAGCAUUUCUCUGGGACAAGCAUGUCCGGGCUAGACGGGGGUUAUCAUGA